UCCUGGAGCUCCCAGUGGGCUCCCUUGUGGAGUACUUUUCAGAACACACACACAGUUCGCUCACAGAACCAACGAAAUGAAACACAGGAUCGCAGCUUGCCCCACACACAAGCUGCUGCCAUUUCAGAGUAUCACGCAUCACGUAACGCUGUUGGGACACAAACGUCGGAGCCUCUGAAGAAAACCGUUGGAGUGCAGACUAGCAAAAAAAGGCAACAAGCAAAGGGCAGCCAAGCAAACCUCAAUGCAAAACCCAUGAGAAGCAUUGGUGUCCAAGUAGACUUGGCCGCUAAGUCAUCCAACACGCAACGCCGUGCAAGGUCACUGUCCCCAGUUCGUUCUUCAACACCAGUGCUUGACCACACUGUGCCUGCUAUGGGCCUUGCAUCUGGAGAUGACACAAUAACAACAGUAUGCCCAGAUGACAGCCUAUACAUGCCAACUCUUGACAGUACAAUGAGGAGCACAGAUGAUGAAAUCUCCCCGCACAAAGACAACAAAUAUAUUGUCUUUGAGAGUCAACUGAGGGAGCUGUUCCAGACCUGCAAAGUGUGCCUGCAGCGUUGCAAUCCCACAUUUACUUGUAAGGGAACUCUCCUACGCGUUGAAUGCAGCUGCAAUGACGGCCACAAUUAUGUAUGGGAAAGCCAGCCCUACAUUGCCAAUAAGCCAGCAGGAAACUUGCUUUUGUCUGCUGCCAUUCUCUUCAGUGGAUCAAGCCCAGUUUCGACGCUGAGAAUGCUGGAAUUAAUGAAUAUGAAGGUGUUCUGUAGACACACAUAUUUUAAUUACCAGAGGGGCUACCUGCUGCCAGCAAUUGAACAAGUCUGGACAAAUCAUCAGGCACAAUUGAUGACAGAAAUUCAGGGAAAGGAGUCAUCUCUCGCUGGAGAUGGACGCUGUGACUCGCCUGGUCACAACUCUAAGUACCUGACUUACAGCUUCUAUCAUGAAGGUUUGAGGAAAAUUGUUCACACUGUUCAGGUGCAGGCAAAUGAAGUGGCAUCAAGUAGUCACAUGGAACUUGAAGCAGUACGCCGGGGACUCGAAGAGCUGGCAGAUCUAAACGUUCUGUUGAAGAGCUUCACGACAGACCGCCACCCUGGAGUACGGAAGUACAUGCGUACAACACAUCCAGAUGUUAAACAUCAGUUUGACGUGUGGCACGUGUCUAAAGGUAUCCGAAAAAAGAUGGUGGCAGCCAGUAAGGAGAAAAACUGUGAAGCUCUGGAACUGUGGGUGAAGCCAGUGAUAAACCAUCUCUACCACUGCGUCACCCAUAGUGAAGGGGAUCCUGAACAAGUUAUCUCCAUGUGGCGUAGUUUCAACAAUCACGUUUCAAAUGUCCAUCAUGGUCAUGAUGGACCGUACUCACGGUGCCUUCACACACCCCUCAGUGAUCAAAAGCGCCCUUGGCUUCUGCCAGACUCUCGUCCAAAGGCAAAACUGACCGCCAUCACUGAGGCAAAGUAUUUGCUAAAAGACAUCCAGCACCUUUCGCCUGAUGUACAAACAUCCGGUUUAGAAGCCUUUCAUAGCCUUCUGAUUCGUUUUGCUCCCAAGUCUGUGGGCUAUAGUGCACGAACAAUGCGGAACAGAGUCUACUUGGCCAUUCUCCACUUUAACGAGAACGCGUCGAGACAACAUGCCAUGACUGAGGAAGGGGAGCCCCGAUACAGAGUGAAGGUAUCAAAAAUUUACAAGCAGGAGCAUGUUGCACUGCCCAUCAAAGAAGAACCAACGUUUCGUUACUUUGACGAGCUUGUAGACAAAUGUGUACAGCUGUGCAACACGUGGGACACAUUCAAUGGUGCUUUUGAGGCAUACUCAUGUAAUGAUCCACCAUUCCUGACAGAGACUAACCCUGCACCCCCAAAAACAGAACUGAUUUCAGCACGGCAACAUCGACUGGGACCUUGCAGCUGCCUUCAGUGUACUCUCAAGGCCUAAAACCAGUGUAGCUGCCUGAGGGUGAUGGGAAGUUGUUCCGUAUCGCCAUCACCACACAUGACGGGAGCACCCGCCUGUCUUCUUCCGGAAGUGGUCCCCAUAUCCAUGAUGCAAAAUUGCGAUAUGCUAUGUGGCGCCAUAUUCUGAAAAACAACAAAGUGCACUGUCAGCUGUGAAAUGCCCACAAUUGCAUACUUACUUUACGUUGCUAGUGAACAUGUCAAAGAAUGGACAGAAAAUAGGAACAGUGAUUUUAUCUGUUACUGUAAGUGAUGUUCCUAAUUGAUUGCUUUGAUUAGUGCCUCAUCACAGCUAUUCAUGACAUAACUUGAGUGAGACCCACAUGCACAUAAAUAUAACUGUAGAGGUGGUAAUAUAGAUGGGCAGAAAUCCAGAGAACCGGUAAGGAAGCGUGAAGGGAAUCGCCUCAGAACAAGAGCUGCUGAUAUUUCGAACAGAGACUGUUCUUCUUCUGGGCACCGUCCUCAUCAUUGGCAUGAUAUUUAAAUGGGUUAGGUAUGACGUGCUAAAGGUUCAUGUGAAUUGUGGGUCAACAGGCUGGGGGGAAGCAAGGGUCCAUUCGGGCUUUUAGAGCCGAAGUGAACGGCUGCUUUGUUAGACUGUGAAGGGAAUUAUGUGAAUGAAGUCAUCUUUGCUUCAGAUCGGUUACAGCAAUGCAAAGUUCACAAACAACGGGACUACCAGUGUAUUGCAUAGAGCAGUCGCCGCAUUCAAUGCAGUAUAUGACAUUGAACCUUGUGCAUGUGAAUGCGUGGUUAACAGAGUGGGUGUAAGUGCUCACAGUGCUUCUGAUGGAGUUGUGUUGAACGUGCUUGCAGGUGUUGCAACGCGGGAGGUUACAGGGCCGUGUUCCAUUGUACUGUAUGUUCGUUUUGCUGAUUUUCGUAAUGACCAAGGAGUCUGCUAUUUUUUGCGUGUCAGUAUGUUACCUGUACUGGAUGAGUGAAUAUACUCCUAAGUCUGUCAUUGCUUUGGAGGAGAGACUCGUGUUUCCAUAGACAGGCUUUAAUGUUUGGAAGUGCGCUGGAAUAUCUUGUGAUCAAGCUUAUUUGGCUUGUGUCAGGAUCCUUCGGUAUUCCAGAGGUGAAAAGUUUUUCCUACUUUAUUUGUGUGAUUAGCGUUUGAAUAUUUUAUGAGACUUUGAGUGAAAUCCACAUGAACGUAGAUACAUAAUGUAAUAAGCUGCUCUGACUUCGUUUCUUUAAUUAGCGUUUGAAGUGUUUGUGAAGCUUGAGUUAGGUCCACAUGAUAGUGGUAUCUCUUUUUCGAGAAGUUCUUAGCAAUGUGGCACAUUCUAUGGUGUGCGUUCUUUCAUAUGCAUUGCAAUAUGAGCAACCAAAAGCAGUUUCAUGAUGUUUUUUUUUUUAUGUUGACAUGACACAAUAGGAGAUGAAGCAGUUAGACAGAGAGCAAAUAUUGGACGGUGUGGGUCUGGAUCCCAGUGCUGCUUAUGUAUUUCUCCACAUGGCCAUUAUUGAAUUGAAGUAUGUUGACGUGCUUCAAAGCAAAAAAUAGUUAUUUGAUAUGGAACACUGAACCCGAAAGUCGCUGGAGAGGCGUGUUAGCUUAGCUCAAUUGGUAGAGCCCUGGACCGGUAAUCCAGAAGAUGUGGGUUCGAUCCCUACAGCUGGCUAACCUUUUCAGUGACUUUCAUCCUUCAUCCUUCACCUUGCUCUUGGUAUGUUUUAUAAUGGUUUGCUACUUGUAGCAACAACUUGACAGUCGAGGUUUCUCGAACUGAUUGUGAUAAUAUUCCGGUGAAAUAUUAUUGUUUGACAGUUUUACGUGAUGACUGUGUGCUACUGCAAAUGCUAAAAACCAUUUCACGGUCAAAGUCACUAAAACUAAUUCUGUAAUAUGGUGAUAAAUGCAAAGGUUGCACACAAUUUCAUGAAUAAAUAUAGAUAUGAAUGCC